ACACGCAACCCCGAACAGAGUCGAGCGAGAGAGAGAUAGCCAUGGUGAUUUGGAGCUCCGCCUCGCCGCUCGAUCUAGUGUUUUGGUGGUGGCUUGUCCGUGCUCUCCGUCGUGUUGCCCCUCUUCCUCCGCCUCCCUUCUGUUCCCACCGUCGGGAUCUGCGGCAUCUCUCGGCCCCGCACCGACCCGUCCCCAUUUCCGUCGCCGGCGAUUUUGUUCGUCGGAUUCGCCCCCCCCCCUCCCUUUUCGUUGUUCCAGUGAUCUAUUAGGUUGGGAGUUGGUUUUGUCUGUCAGAUAUGAUGAUUGUAUCCAUCCCCCGCAGCUUUUUUCCGUGUAGAUUUGUUUAGGUUGUGCCGUUUCUGGGAUGCGUUUGAUUGAUCUGCUAAGCGCGGUAGCUGGGAUGUGCGUCAGUUUGAUAUGCUUAUCUGUAAUUGAUUGGUUGUUGGCAUUCGAGUUGUUUAUGUGAGGCUGGCUUGCUUAGUUGUAGUAGUCUGAUGUAUUCAGUCAAUUCGAACGGAUGUAUUCUAUUCCCGGGCCUUUAAUCCCUAGACCAUUUCUCUUCACUGGUAUCGUUUAGUGCGUAUGUGGUUUACCCUGUAAUUCCUUUUUUGAAUUUACAGUGAUUUACAGUGCAAUCCCCAUUGUUUUUUAGAGUGAUUUUCAGUGUAUUUUAUAUUGGAUUUUCAUUGUAACUUUCUAGUGGAUAGGUUGAAUAUUUGUAGUGUAAAUCCAAAGAAAUUUGUAGUGUAAUUUCAGUGUAUUUUGUCAGUGGAUCUGCACUGUAUUUGCUAGUGGAAUACCAAUGUAUAUGUCCUAAUUGCAGUGUAUUUUUGUCAGUGGGGUUGCACUGUAUUUGUUAGUGGAAUUACAGUGUAUUUGUCAGUGAUGUACAGUGUAAUUUGAUAGCUGAUUUAUAGUGUAAUUGCCAUGGAUUUGCACUGUAUUCGCUAGUGGAAUUACAGUGUAAUUCACUUGAAUUUUUAUAGUGGAAUUGUGUUGUGGAUUUACAGUGUAAUUGAUAGCUGAUUCUAUAGUGUAAAUUCAGUGUAAUUUACACUGUUAUUGGUAGCAGAGGAAUUGUGACUGUUCUUGUGAUGCAUCGCUAGUUUGUAAGUUCUUGUGAUGCAUCUGAUUCCAGUGUAUUUUCUUAGAGGAUUUAGACUGUAAUUAUAUUCAGAUUUACACUGUAAUCUUCAUCGGAAUUCCAGUGUAUUUUUCUUAGUCGGUGAUUACAGUGUACUUACAAUGUAAUUCUCAGUUGGUUUCCACUGUAAUUCGCAGGGGAUUUCUACACUGUAAUUCUCAGUGGGUUAUGUAGUGAAAUAAAAGAGAUGUAGACUGUAAAUGCUAUCAAUGAAUUUCUUCUUUAUAUUUUUGUUAUGUUUUAUCCCUUCUGCCGUUUCAUCCCAGACUUUUUGUCCUUUUCUUUGGUUUGUACAUAUUUAGGUUAUAGAUUAAAGUAUGGGGAAACUCAUGAAGGCUUUUGGUAAGGGCACUUCUGCUGCUUGUGUUGAAGAUUGUGAAGAUUCAGAUGGGGAUCCUUUUGUCCCCAAUGAUUUUGUCGAGGAUGAUCCUUUUCAAGCUUCGGAGGAAAGUCAUAUGGAUGAUCCUGAUUUGGAGAAAGCUUUGUAUGAGUUCUACGUGUCUCAUAAAGUGAAUUGCUUAAAACGGAAGAUUACAAAUGCUGGAGCUCGCAAUGUGAAGCGCAAGAGGUCUUCUGAUUUUCCUGUAGCCAUUACAUUCACUAGAUACUCUGGCAAGUUGUUCUCCACCGUUAUUGGUGGCUUGUCUCUUAGGCAAGUCCGUGUUCUUCAGAGCUACAAGGCAGAUUGCCUUCUCAAAUUUGUGAGGACAGAGGUGCCUCUUAGGUUUGUCAAAUGGUAGUGUCCAAAUUUGAUCUUGCUUCAGAGAUUCAGUUUAGGAAGAAGUUUAUUCUGAUUCCCAAAUAUGUCAAACAUGACAUCUUAGAUCUUCCUAUUGAUGGUGAGCCCAUUAUGUCCGAUGCUGAGGCUGGGCGUGAGUUUAUCUUGUCCCAUUUCAAUGUGACCAGCAUCCCAUCGGUUUCUUUCUUCUACAAUACACUCAAAUCUGAAGAAUUGCCUGAUGAAGACAUUUUCAUCUGCUUCAUGUGUAUUUCCUUGUCCACUUUCUUGUGUCCAAAUUCAAGCCUUUCUCCUAGUCCCAAAUAUCUCCAUAUUUUCAGAUAUUGUAGUUCUGUGAUGAACUAUGAUUUAUCUAGAUUGGUAUAUGAGAGUCUCCUUGGCAAUAUUAAGAAGUUUAAGGAUUCUAUGAAGGUUGCUUCUAUGAGAUCAAUGACAUUUGGCGGUUGUCACUACGCAUUCGCUGUGAGUCUUGAUUUUUACAGUGUAAAUUUAGGUAGAAAUACAGUGUAAUUGUAGGUACAUUUACACUGUAAUUCCUACUAUAUUUACACUGUAAUUGUAGGUCGAUUUUACAGUGUAAUUCUAGGUCGAUUUCACAGUGUAAUUCUAGGUAAAAUUACAGUGUAAUUCCUACUAUAUUUACACUAUAAUUGUAGGUCGAUUUUACGGUGUAAUUCUAGAUACAUUUACACUGUAGUUUCUACUAUCUUUACACUGUAAUUGUAGGUCUAUUUUACAGUGUAAUUCUAGGUACAUUUACACUGUAAUUCCUACUAUAUUUUACACUGUAAUUCUAGGUAGAAUUACAGUGUAAUUCCUACUGGAUCUACACUGUAAUUCCUACCGGAUUUUCAGUGUUGUUCUUAGUGUAGUAGAUUUUACAGUGGAUUCAAACUGGAUUUACAGCGGUAUUUAUAGUGUAAAUCUUAAUGUAAUUUUAGUUGAUUUUAUAGUGUAAUUUUAGUGGUUUUCGUCAUUUCCUUUUUAAUUGUGUGUGGUUAGUUUUAGAUUAGAGAUGGGAAAUUUUUGCCUUGUAAUGUUGGGUUCUUUUUCUCCUUUCUCGCUGCUUUGCCUGUGUGGGUUGUAAAGGAGGCUAGGGGAGCUUGGCUUUGAUGUAAUUUUCACGGACCUUUUUUUAGGUGAACUUGGUUCAAUCCGUACUUCUGUAACAUGGUUUGUACUUUGUCUUCCUUUUGGUUAAGCUAUUCUUGUAGCAAAGAGAUUGACAAUUUUGGUGUAUUUACACUGUAAUCUUUAUUGGAUUACAGUGUAAUACUUAGUAGAGUUACACUAUAAUUCUUUGUGCGUUUUACACUGUAAUCUUAGUGUUCUUAGCCUGAUUGUGUUACUCAUUUUUUCUGAUAAUUUCUAUUUUCAGUGUUUAUGUUAAUGCUAAUCAAUAUUCAGUGUAAACAAGUAUCAGUUCAUAGCAGUUUACACUUCCAAAGUUACUUAUAUUCGGUCAUUCAACAGGAAGUGUCUAAACUAGUAGAUCAAAGUUUCUUAACAGUGUUUUAGUUUUUUAGUUUCCAAAGUUUGUGGAAAUAGUCACAUAUUCUCUCAACUGCAGUAAUCCUCAACCUUGUAUAUUUUCAACUAGUUUUACCUAAAUGGAAUUGCUAGCCUAGUAGUGUGUUUUUGUCCCUUGUAUUUUCCCCUAAAUGGAAUUGCGAGCCUAGUGAUCUUUGAGUGUGUUUUUGUCCCCUGUAGUGUGUUCCUAUUCUGCAAAUCUAGAAACCAAUGAUCUGGGCAUCUAGUUUUCAGUAUAUAGUGUUCUUGUGAUCAUAGACUAGUAGUACAUGCGACCAUGUUCUAGUUGUUCCUAGGAUUUGUGCUGGUUCUUUCUUAGUGUGCUUCUGUUCUUUUUCCAUCUGUUCUUUCUUCUAGAUUUCUUCAGGCAGGAGGGAGACGAUAGGAGGUGAUGAACGCAUCGGAGGGGGCGAGAAGGGGUGUUUACCUAUGUUUUUCCUGCUUCUCUAGCCAUGUUGAAGUUUGUGUACCAGAUCUUGGAGGAAUCACCCUCUCUGGUGGUGCUUCUUCAUGUUCGUCCACGAAUAUGUGGUUGUUCCAGUGCAUUUGUCAAUGGAGUUAACUUUUUUGAGUGGAUUUUACACCGUAAAACUGUUGAAAUUACAGUGUAUUUAUUAGUGGUUUACAGUGUUUUUUAUAAGUGGAUUUGCACUGUAAUUUCUAUCUGGAUUUACACUGUAAUUCAUAUCUGGGUUUACAGUGUAAUUCCGGCUGGUUUAUAGUGUACUUCUUUGUCGAUGUUGCAACUUCGAUAUGAUUUACACUGUAAAUCUUAGUUCAAUUUUGGUGUACUUUUAGGUUAUUUUACACUGUAAUUCUCAUUGGAUUACAGUGCAUUUUUAAGUGGACUUUCCUUUGUAAUUCAUUAGUGUAUUUUGUUAGUGUAAUUUUAGUACUUUCUCAGUGGAAUUUUUACUGUUAUUUAAGCAGUAUUUACAGUGUAAUUCCUUUUGUGUAUUUCAAGCGAAAUUUGCACUGUAAAUCAUU